UUUUCCGUGGCCGGCUGCUCUGCCUCGCUGGUGGCUCUGGAGACGGCUGCGGGGCUCCGGGAGAGCUCGGGACGCACCGGCGGGGGCCGGGGACCCGGGGCUACGAGAUGGAACCGCUGGCACCCAUGCGGCUCUACACACUCUCCAAGCGUCACUUUGUCCUCGUGUUUGUCGUCUUCUUCAUCUGUUUUGGACUGACCGUCUUCGUUGGCAUCGAGGGACCCAGGGUGAUCCAGACCUCACCUGCUAACUGUUCACAGAAUAAUAGCAAAAAGCUAAAGUCAGUUUUCCGUUCAAACCCACUGUCCACAUAUAACCAGCAGCUAUGGCUGACGUGCGUUGUGGAGCUGGAACCCUCAGAAGAAACAUCUAUCCAAACCAGCUUCUCCAUGACUGUGAAAGUCGAUGGUGUGUCUCCAGAUGGAACCACAAAGUACAUUCACAACAAGGUUCACAACCGGACGAGGACUCUCACGUGCACAGGGAAAUGUGCAGAGAUCAUAGUGGCCCACCUUGGCUACCUGAAUUACACAGAGUACAGAGUGACUGUGGGAUUUGAGCACCUGAACCAGCCCAUCAAGGAGAUGAACUUCACGUGGAAGACAUACAACCCUGCGUUCUCCCAGCUGGAGAUCUGGUUCCGCUUCGUGUUUGUGGUGCUGACCUUCAUCGUCAUUUGCCUGUUUGUGCAUUCCCUGCGCAAAUUCUCCAUGAGGGACUGGGGCAUCGAGCAGAAGUGGGUGUCUGUGCUCCUGGCCCUGCUGCUCCUCUACAACGACCCUUUCUUCCCACUCUCCUUCCUGGUGAACAGCUGGUUCCCGGGGAUGCUGGAUGACUUCUUCCAGUCUCUGUUCCUGUGUGCCCUGCUGCUCUUCUGGCUGUGCGUGUAUCAUGGGAUACGGGUCCAGGGAGAAAGAAAAUGUUUAACUUUCUAUUUGCCUAAAUUCUUCAUCGUUGGACUGCUGUGGCUGGCUUCUGUUACGCUGGGAAUAUGGCAGACAUUUAAUGAAUUAAAGGACCCCAUGUACCAGUACCGGGUUGACACUGGCAACUUUCAGGGCAUGAAGGUCUUCUUCAUGGUGGUGGCCGCUGUAUACAUUUUAUACCUUCUAUUCUUGAUAGUGCGGGCAUGCUCUGAGCUUCGUCAUAUGCCUUAUGUGGAUCUCAGGUUAAAGUUUUUGACUGCGUUGACCUUUGUAGUGCUUGUUAUUAGCAUCGUCAUCCUCUACCUAAGGUUUGGAGCCCAGGUGUUGCAGGACAACUUUGUAGCAGAACUGUCGGCUCACUACCAGAACUCAGCUGAAUUCCUGUCUUUCUACGGCCUGUUGAACUUUUAUCUCUACACACUGGCCUUUGUGUACUCUCCAUCGAAGAAUGCUCUGUACGAGUCCCAGCUGAAAGACAACCCUGCAUUUUCCAUGCUUAACGACUCUGAUGAUGAUGUGAUUUAUGGGAGUGACUACGAAGAAAUGCCUCUGCAGAACGGCCAGGCCAUCCAUGCCAAGUGCAGGGAAGAGUCGGACAGUGACUGAGCCCUGGGCAGCAGAUGGGACAGCAAGGGGGCUAGAGGCCUGCCUGCGUGAUGCGUUCUGGCCCUCUCUUCUAUCCGUUUGUGUCUGGACUCCUCUGUACACAAAGGUUUCCUGUUCCUUAUUUGUUUACAUAUUUUUAAAAGAAAAACCAAAUGGAUUGAAAUGUUGGGCGGAGUUUGCUGUGAGGGUAGCCCCACUAUUUAAGAAAAGGGGCUGACUGGUAGAGAAUUCAAAGGCAUAUCCUUUCCAUCAAUAAUCAGGUGAAACGGAGCCUGUAUGCAGUCAACGAGGAGAAAUGACCCAUGUUUAAUAAAAAGAAUUAGGUACUUUUUUUCCUUUUUAAAAAGCAGUUGAGUCUGUGGGAGGCUGGAUGACCAAAGUCUCAGCGUGGCAGUGACAACCCUUUCCUCUCUGUGGCACUGUUCUUGAGUGCUCCACCCUCAAGGGAAGCCUGACCCCUGCCUGCCUCAAGCGGGCAGUCUGCGACCAUCCUCUUGAGCACAUGGGGUGGUCAGUGUGCCGACUCACAAGCGUCUGCAGGGAGCCUUUGAUUGUGUUUGGUGAGCACAUACAGGGUCAUUUUCAGGAAUGGUUGGUUGUCAGGUUCCUGUCCAUCAUUGCCCCCGAGCAGAAGUGACAGCAAAGUUGGACUCAGAGUAGGCUGGGAGCUGGGAGGAAGCCAAGGCGGCUACAGGCCAGUAGUGUGUGGGCAAGGUCCUUGUGUCAUGGUGCUCAUGAAGGGUCUGUGUACAGAUAGGAUUGGGUCUCCCUGUGCUUGAGGUAGAAAACGGGGUGGCCCUUCCCAGUCCAAGAGUUUCUGCAUUUCCACUGAGUAUGAAACCCUCAGAGAGCUCUUUUUUUUUUUUUAAACAAUGAAAGCUACAUGAAAUACAACUGUAUUAGAAAUCCUUUAUUGCCAGAAAGACUUUAUGUUUAACAUUAGGAACUAAAAUAAAGAGAAAGUAAGACAUUUUGGAUGACUACAGAGACAGCUUCAGACAAGGGGACAUGCCCCAAGGUCGGUCUGUGUCUGGAGUGUUGCUCUGUGGAGAACAAAUGUCACCUGCACUGGUGACAUUCAGCAUUGAAAGUCCUGAGGGCCACUGCCUUCCAUUCCGCUCCUCGGAGUUUCCCCACACAGAAUGUCUCUGGGAACACCUGGUAACGGUCGCCAUCCUGCCUGCCUCUGUCUUGGCAAAUCCAGAGGCCGAGUUCAGGUAGAUCCUCUUCAGGCAAUACCACACUCCCGUCAUCUAUGCACCGACUCCAGUUGCCACUCUGAGCUGCAGGUUACUGUGUGGGCCAGACUCCAGGGAUGGCAGCGGCUCUUCAUGCUGCCUGUCUUCUUAAACUUCAACAUACUUUAAUAUGGAUUUCAUGUGCAUUGUUUUAAAAAACAUAAAACAAAAACUUGUAGAUAUGAAUGUUGGACUAGAACUGUCAUUGCAAGGGUAACGGGUUUACAUGAUUUUUUUUACACUUGCUGUGAUCCCUGUCUGUUGUCGAAGAUACCGGAAGGGUUUGUUUCCAACCCUUCCCUUGCAAUGGACCACUGCAACUGGCAUUUUAUGGACACUGACUUGUGCUGAUCCUAAGAUGUUUGAAUAUGUGAGAGUUUACAUGUUUUAAUCAUUAUAAAUAAGUCUCCAUGGUUUAUAACACUAUUUAUCAGUGUAAGGUAUUUUAAGCAUUUAAAGAACAGCAUCUGAAGUACAGACUUCAGAACCUUUAAAAACUGCCCUGUAGUAUAAUUAUAAACUGAUCCUAGUGUCUGUAAAACUAAGGGAACUUUUUUGCUGUUGAAAUAGGAAUUACAAAGAAGCACCCCCUACUGUCGUGUCCAUCAUGUAUUAUAUGCUGGGUAACGCUCUGUUUACAGACUAAGACUUCAGUGUGUAGGUGGAAACUCAGGUGUUACUUCAAACACUAAACUCCACCGGGGACUUUUGAUAGUAACCAGAAGACUGUUUUGUUCUGAGGGGAUUAAAAUUUACUAAGCCUAAGUUAUAAAUUUAAAGGGCUGACUAGUUCUUUCAGGGUAAUGGUUUGAAUCAUACUGUCUUUGGGGUAUUUUUUUAUAUUGGUCCAAUCCAGGGCAACCUGGAAGGUGAUGGCUCCCAGAUUCCCUGGAGAGAGCUUCAUUAUCCCUGUGGAUAGUAAAUCUGCUUGAUUUAUUGUCAAAUCAGUGCAGCAGUGAUUUGGUGCCUUCAAGCCCCAUCUGAAAGGCUAGAGAAGAGGGUGUGUAAACUUACAUCUGAGGCUCACGAGGCGGUCUCUGUACACUUACAGACUGAAAUAAGUUUAGGUGUGUAAAGCCAACCUGCAGAUGGGCAGUUUAUAAAGCAAAUCUCACCAGCCUCAAGUGCUGAACCAGUGAAGGCACAGUUAGGAUAAACAGGUUCAAAUAUGGUUACUAAUCUUUAUAGGAAAAACACAAGCACCCACUAAAGGGAGAAGUCCCUCCAUGAGGAACAGACCUGAGACUUGAUGUGUAUUUGUAUAUUUGAGGGUUUGCCUUAGUGGUUAGAUUGGGGGGGGGGAGGUUGUAGCCCUUCUCCCCCCACCCCCCAGGCCAAAGGGAAAUUGAUUUCGCCAGACACCUUGCUGAACGUUUCUUUUGGUGGUUUGGGUGCUUAGGUGCUACCAUUCUAUGAUAUAUCCUGUGACACAGAACAGGUUACUUCCAUUGUAUGACACAGAGGGACUUUCUGCUUCUGAAAACUACCUUUUUACAAAUGUCUGUAAAUAUCUGUCAGAUAAACUCACUAGCCUCUAAGUCCAGAAGGAACACUGUUUGGACCAUCAGUGGAACAGUGAUAUCUGAGCAGUCAGUCAAAGAAUAAAUGCUUAUUUAUGAAAAACUCAAUAAACUUCACAUUUUGGGAUUUUGUACUAGAUUUUUUGUUGCUGUGACAGAGACCUGAUGAAAAUCUCACAGAAGGAGUCACUAGCUCACCGGUCCAUGGCUGGCUUCUUCCACCAUGGGCCUAUGAUGAGGAAGAACAGGGUGCCUAGACUGUGUGGCCAAGUUACUCACGUGGCCAGGACAAGACAGGCGCCCUUACCCACUAUGGAUACUUGCUAUAACCUGCUUCCUUCAGCAAGCUCCACCUCUGAGUUUCCAGAACAUCCCCAAGUAUCACUGCCAGAUGAGAACCAGGUAUUUGACACGCACCUGUAGGGGACAUUUCUCAUCCAAACCGUAACAUUGUGACAGCUUCAUUGUGACACUCUUAUUCACCAAUGUUAAUAUAUUUCUAAUUUUCAA